AAAUGUAGCGCAGCUGAUGCUGAUGUUGAUCUGCAAUGAGUAAUCCUAUAAGUAUAAGAUCGAACAAUUUCUAAAGUUCUUAUUCGACAGUUUGCAAGCAGGUUUUGUUAAUUGAAUGGUCCUGCUGACUCGUCAAUUAUCCACUCUUUUUAUAGAUAAGUAAAUUAGAUGAUGGAAAGCACCCAGGAUAAAGACGAACAAAAUAGUCAAGAUGAUUCAGAAGUGGAUGAUGAGGUUGAACCCAGAUUGAAGUAUGUGAGGAUGCGCAACGAUGUUAUAAAUAUUUUACAAAAGGACGCUGCCAGCUGCAUAGCAGUUCAUCCAAAGUUUUUGUGCUUGGGUUCACACUGGGGCACAAUUCACAUACUCGAUCAUCAAGGUAAUAGCAUCGAAUCCAAAAGUCUUCAAGCACACACGGUAGCUGUCAACCAAAUAUCUAUCGACCAAAAUGGAGAUUUUAUUGCUUCGUGCAGUAAUGAUGGAAGAGUUUUUAUAUAUGGACUAUACAGUAUUGAGAAUAAUCACAACAUGAGUACAGGGCAUUGGGUAAAAAGUAUAGCAAUUGAUCCGAAAUAUCAUAAAAGUGGGAGUGGGAGAAGAUUUAUUAUAGGAGAGGAUAAAUUAGUUUUAUACGAAAAGACGUUUUUAUCACGAAUGAAACCAACAAUUUUAUGGGAAGCUGAAGGAGGAGUGCGUUCUAUUGCAUGGGCUGGACAAUUUGUUGCUUGGGCCUCUGAUACUGGUGUGAGAGUUUAUGAUUUGAAUGCCAGAUGUUCCUUAGGACUGAUAAAAUGGGCAGGAACAAUUGAGGCAAUUCCAGAACACUAUAGAUGUAAUCUUAGGUGGUCAGAUGAUAGAACUUUAUUGAUUGGUUGGGUUGAUACUGUAAGGAUUUGUCAAAUAAAAAAACUCUCUAACAGAGAAUUGGUAAAUCGUGAAUUAUCAGAAUUUGUUGUUGAACCAGUUUCUACAUUUCAAGUGGAUUUUUUUAUAUCUGGUAUUGCACCAUUAGAAAACCAGUUGGUUCUUCUGGGUUGCUUGAAAGAACCAGCUGAAAAUGGUAAAAGCCAACGUCCUACUUUACAUGUUAUUGAACCAAAAUUCGAAGACUUUAAUAUUGUAUGUGCUAAUUCUCUUUCUCUGAGAGGAUAUGAAGAAUACAGCUGUAAUGAUUAUCAUUUGGACUGCUUGAUUGAAGAAAACAGGUUUUUCAUUGUUAGUCCUAAAGACAUUGUAGUUGCUAGCUUAUACGAUGCUGAUGAUAGAAUUGAGUGGCUACUUAGUCAUAGAAAAUUUGAAAAAGCAUUAGAAGCUGUUACAGUCAAUGGAGGCAAAGAUUGCAAACAUACCGUGACUGACGUUGGUCGAGUUUAUUUAGAUCAUUUGUUGAGUUGUGAAAAGUACGAUAAGGCUGGAAAACUUUGCCUAACGAUAUUGGGGCAGAACAAAAAACUUUGGGAAGAAGAAGUUUACAAAUUCGCCAAAGUUCAUCAAUUGCGUACGAUUUCUGCAUACCUUCCUCGUGGUGAUGUGACUCUGGAUCCCCACAUUUAUGAAAUGGUACUUUAUGAGUACUUGAAGUUAGAUCCAGAUGGUUUUUUACAACUUGUAAAAGAAUGGUCGCCUAAAUUAUAUACUGUGACAGCCGUUGUAAAUAUGGUUUUGGGACAUUUUCUAGUACAUACCAACAACCAACAGCAGCACGUACUCCUUGAAGCACUAGCUAUAUUAUACAGUCAUGAUGGCAAGUAUGAUAAAGCUUUGGCCAUGUACUUGAAGCUUCGACAUAAAGAUGUAUUUUCACUGAUUCAAAAGCAUCAACUCUACAACUCAGUCUAUGAUAUGAUUGAGGGUUUAAUGGAUUUAGAUGCAGAUCGGGCUAUACAAUUCUUUCUGGAGAAAGAUAGAGUGCCAUCUGAAAUAGUAGUUCAAAAACUACAAAAUAAUCAUCGAUAUUUAUACAUGUAUUUAGAUGCGUUAGAUAAAAAAGAUACCAAAGACUCGAAAGGAAAAUAUCACGGUUUACUUGUGCGUUUAUACGCGGAUUAUUCCAGGGAUAAACUCCUACCUCUCUUGAGACGCUCAGACAACUAUCCCAUUCAGCAAGCCUUGGAUAUAUGUAGUCAGAAGAAGUUUUAUCCAGAAAUGGUUUACUUGUUAGGUAGGAUAGGAAAUACAUCACAAGCACUGCAACUUAUGACAAGAGAGCUUAAUGACAUGGAAAGCGCUAUUGCCUUUUGUCAAGAACAUGACGACGAAGAAUUGUGGAAUGAUUUAAUUAAUUAUUCAUUAGAUAAACCAGAUGCUAUUACGUUCCUGCUGCAAAAAAUCGGAACGUAUGUUGACCCUAGACUCAUGGUUCAAAGAAUAGAACCUACUUUAGAAAUUCCUGGAUUAAAGAAAGCAUUAGUGAAGAUGAUGUGUGAUUAUAAUCUUCAAGUAUCAGUUCAGGAAGGUUGUAAAAAAAUCCUCUCAAGUGAUUAUUUUAACUUGCAUGAAAGACUAGUUAAGUGUCAUCAAAAAGGAAUUUUUAUUGAUGAUGACCAAAUGUGUGGAGCUUGUCAUAGAAAAAUAAUUGUUAGAGAACCAAGGAAUCUAGUCGUAUUUUACUGUAAACAUUCUUUUCAUGAAGAGUGUUUACCAAAUCUUCAAGUUGUAGAAAACUGCGUUAUUUGCAAUCCUCAAAAGGAUACAUCCCCCGGCAGAAAAUGAUAUAGACAAUGGAGUUCUUCAGUUGCUGAACUAAUGACUUUCGACCCUCCUAAAAAAUCAUCGAUUUUCAUGGACGAGAAAAUAUGCAAAAGAAACUCGCGAUUUUCAGGGCCAAUGCUUUCUACGGAUAUACAGUGACUACCGACGAUGGAUCCUGUGUCAUUUGUAAUGAAAUUAUUUUUGGAAUAUACAUCAAGUCUUUCUCUGAAGCACAGGGCUUCUCUUUUCUCUUUGUCUAAAAGUAAAAUAUUUUUUUAUAUAUAUAUAUAUA